AGCAGGAGAAAGAAGAGGACAAGAAAGGAAAAGAGCAAGCAGGGAGUAAGCAGUAUGUUUGGUGUGUAAGGGGAUAAAAAUACAUCUGAAAGUGUUUUGCAUAGUUGCAGGAAGUCUUCUUCAGCCUCCUCUCCUCCUGUGCUGCACAACUUGGGCUGAGGGACCAUGCAGCAGGGGUGGACUCUUCCCUGGGUUGCCGCACUCCUGCUGGGGCUGAUGGGGCUCCUGGUGUGCGGCUCAGAGUUUCAGCAUCACCGAUAUGAGGACAUGGUGCGAGCCCUGUUUGCAGUGCAGAGCGAAUGCCCCUACAUCACACGCAUUUACAGCAUCGGACGCAGCGUAGAGGGGCGCCACCUCUAUGUGAUGGAGUUCAGUGAUAACCCGGGCAUCCACGAAGCAUUGGAGCCGGAGUUCAAGUACGUUGGCAACAUGCACGGCAACGAAGUGCUCGGCCGUGAACUGCUCAUUAAGUUCUCCCAGUUCCUCUGCGAGGAGUAUCGGGCCGGAAACCAGCGGAUCAUGAGGCUGAUCCAUGACACGCGCAUCCACAUCCUGCCCUCCAUGAACCCCGAUGGCUACGAGGUGGCUGCCAGACAGGGUCCAGAGUUCAACGGCUACCUGGUGGGUCGAGGGAACGCCAGAGAUUAUGAUCUGAACCGGAACUUUCCAGACCUGAACGCGCUCAUGUACUACUACGAGAAGACCAACGGACGAAACCAUCACCUGCCGCUGCCAGACAACUGGGAGCAACAGGUUGAACCAGAGACUUUGGCGGUCAUAAAAUGGAUGCAAAACUACAAUUUUGUCCUGUCAGCCAACCUCCAUGGAGGAGCUGUGGUGGCCAAUUACCCCUUCGACAAGUCGAGAGACGCUCGUAUUCGUGGGAGGACCACAUACGCGGCCACUCCGGAUGACAAAAUCUUCAGAAAGUUGGCAAGGACCUACUCGUACGCUCACAGUUGGAUGCACAAGGGUUGGAACUGUGGGGACUUCUUCGAUGAGGGGAUCACCAACGGGGCCAGCUGGUACUCUCUGUCCAAAGGCAUGCAGGACUUCAACUACCUGUACACCAACUGUUUUGAGAUCACCCUGGAGCUGAGCUGUGCUAAGUUUCCCCCAGCAUCAGCACUGCCCAGAGAAUGGCUAGGUAACCGAGAAGCACUGGUUUCAUACCUUGAACAGGUGCAUCAUGGGAUAAAAGGAAUGGUGUACGAUGAUAACAACAACCCCAUCGGCAACGCUGAGAUCUCAGUGGCUGGCAUCAACCACGAUGUGACCACCGGAGUAGAUGGCGACUAUUUCAGACUUCUGUUACCAGGCACCUACACUGUGACAGCAUCGGCCCCAGGUUAUGUCGCCUCAACCAGCACUGUCACAGUGGGACCAGCCGAGGCCAUACAGCUUAAUUUUUACUUGAAAACGGCACCAAAACAAAACCUGAAAGUGAAGCCUCACAACGGCAAGAAGAACCUUUCAUCUCACAAGGCCCCCUUAAAACUCGGCCCUAGAUGAGACACGGACAAUAACACAUAUACAACAUAUAUACACACAUACUGAAAAUCCCACACAAAACACACACACACACACACACACACUGACCAUUAUAUAUGUAUGUAAUUUUACCUUUGUAGAACUAUGAUUAUGUAUUUCAAACCUUUGUGUUUUUGUUUGUGUUUUUGUGUCUGUAUUAAGGAAAUGUUGCAAACCUGGUGUAUUUAUGUAACAGUGUUGAUUUGUAAGAACACAGUUUCCUGUAUUUGUAAAGGACUUUUUUGGGAUUUUGAUUACUAUAAUUUGAUGAAAACUGAAAGUGAAAAUAAAAUAAUGUUUUUGCUGUCAUUAUUUACCAAA